GCCUGCUCUACUUUGCACAGAGUUGUCAGGAGACCAUUUUAUAUGGUAGAAGUGCUCAAAGGAAGAGGGAAAAUGCUGGGUGCAUUUUUUCUAUAGCUACUUCUCUCCUUAAAGUAACAUUUAUGAAAUAUUUCCAAUUGUCCAGAUCAUUUCUCAACCCUACAGCAGACCCAUUACAUAAAAAGUCAGCAUUAAUACUCCCCUGUAUGGCAGUGUUGAGUAGAGAGGCUGAGAGAUGAAGAGCUUGCCCAGACCACCUUACCGUAGAGACUGGCUGCCCAUGGAGUCUUUAGGAGCAACAGGAGACGACCCAUUCAUUACAAGGACUUCACACUGUGAUGUUCUGUCAGAGGGGAAAGUUCCUGAUACAGCUUAUCCAGUUUUCAGUCAGAAGCAAAGAACCUGUUGGGAAGAAAAUACAGAGUUACCAAGACACAAUGCCUCUUCUUGUAAAUGUGUUCCAGUGCACUUGGAUGUACCUUCAUCGCUGUAUGUCAGCAGAGAAAUUGCACUCCAACAACAACAGCAGCAGCAGCAGCAACAAAAAGCUAUAUCACUGAAGGUAAUCAUGGUGAAACGUAAAACUGGGCUUCCUAAUGCUGAACUCCAGAGAUAUUUGAGAAAACAACUCCGUCUUCUGGAGAAUGACAACCAGAAAGCCAGGACCGUUUUUAGUGAGCUGUCUGCCAGACUACUUUCAAUUCACAGCGAAGAUCACCUAAUAGUGGUAACAUUUUGGACUUUUGAAGAAAUCUGGAAAUUUAUCACUUAUCAUUCCCUUGGUUUUCUAAACCAUUGCAUGGAGAAUCUGUUACUAGAUGACCAUUUUUGGCUCUCUCCACCAGAAGAAGCAGUUGGAAUUGAUGUCCAUCUAGAUGAAGACUGUCUUGAUAGGAUGUAUCGAGAGCUCUUACUUCAAGAAGAUACAUUCUUUGUAAUUCAUCCUGAAAAUGUUGUCAAUGAAGGAAGACUUGAUGAUGACAGAAGAGUGAUCCGAAUUUACCAGCGAAGGUCAGCUACUGAGAAAGGCCCAGAAUCAGCCACCUGGAAUGAUGACGCUGAACGUUUUGCAGAGCCCCUGAAUGCUUUUCAUCAGUGGUUUCUUAAAACAAACCCAGACCUUGUUGAUUUUGUCAGCAAAAGUGAACCUGUUGUCACUGAUCAAGUUGCCACAGGAUUUUCUGUAGCGAUGAUUAGCCAUGAAAGUAUUGUUCCUGAGGAAAUUAGUUUCCGGGAAGGAGACCAAAUUGAAAUAAUUGGCUAUUUUAUGAAAUGCAUGCCAUGGUUCGUAGGAAGACACGUCCCUUCUGGCCAGGUUGGUUUUGUACAAACCAGCCACGUCAGUCCUGAAGGCUUCAGCACUGCUGCGACAGAAUCAUCAUGCCUCUUCCUCUUUCAAGAUGAGCAUUCUUUUUUGAAAAAAGAAGGCCUGGAAGAAAACAUGACAAGCCUCUUGGAAAAACUAACAACUGAUAACACCUGCAAUUUAUAUCAAAUAGAUGGACAGAAGAAUUUUGAACUUGAGUCUCUUCAGCAAGAGAAGUCGUGUUCCUUUCUUAAUUUGGACUCUCCAACACUCAAACAGAAAGUGACUCAAUCCCUUAAGGAAGUAAAAAAGUUACAGCUGCACAAGGAAGAAUCAGAUGUUCAGAAGAGGCCUGUUUUGGCUUUUAAGGGCGAGAUAAUUUCUGUAAUGGAAGAACUACGUUUCUGCAUAUACCAGGAAGGUGCUUGUGGACCAGAGAUCUCAGAUUCAUUACUGCUGUUUCUGAACUGUGAUGGCUAUGAUCCCAGCUUCCAGAACCUAUACAAUCUUUCAUUUUCCUUUCUCAACACCCUAUUCUAUGGCUAUGCCAAUGAGGAUGAACUGAUUGACUAUUUUGUGCUGGCAAGGGAAGCAGCAAAGCGAGCAAACCUUUUGUGGGCCUUGACAAGGCUGUGCUUUCUCCUGGGGAGAAUGAGCGCCCGAAAGUUCAAACUUUCUCAAGCUCGGGUGUAUUUUGAGGAGGCUUUGGCGACGAUGCAAGGAGAUUUUAGUGACCUCUAUCUUACAAUUGCUCUUUAUACAAAUCUAACUGGCAUUUACCUGAAACAGAACAACAAGGAAAAAUGCACCGGCAUUUUUGGCAAAGUUGCUUCUUUGCUCAUGGGAAUCCCCAACUACAUCAGCAGCACGGACAUGGAGUCAGAUAUUCUGAAGUACGCUUUAAAAAGAGCAGUGGUGUGUCAAAGCAAGAACGCAGAAGCCAAGGCAUGUUUCCUGGUAGCAAGGCACUAUCUGAAAUUUAGACAAGACGAAGAAGCACUGCCAUUCCUAGAAAGACUGCAGAUUCUCUAUAAUGACUUGGGAUUGAGAAAGCAUUCAUUGUUAAUAGAGUGUUAUUUUAAAUUAGGCCAACUUUACAGUCAAAAGUGUUUGCCCCACCUUGUGCUAAGUUGCUGCAAGGUUGCCUCUUCUUGCAGCUCAACAAGUACUUUACUAGAGUCAUUCGGGUGCAUUGAUUUGGUAUUUAAAAAUGCUCCCAAAUGCCAUACUUCAAAAACUGUGGGGCAGACAUUUCCUUCCCAGAUUGCCUAUUAUCUUGCUCAGAUUCUCUGCUUGCUAGAGGUUAGCAAAGAACACCAAAAACUCUGCAAGAUGGUUUACUAUAAUCUCUCUCUACUACACAGUCAUCACAAACAAUACAGACAAGCAAUUGGUUACAUGGAAAAGGUUCUCGAAACAAAUGCACACACAAGCAUUGAAGAAAUGAUUAACCAUCUAGUCUUUCUUAGUUGGUUAUAUAUUCUUCAUCAUCAAAAUAAGGUGGCUUUGGACAUUUUAAAUGCCGUAGUAGAAUCUUCACAAAGCAGUUGCCAACAGCUAGCUGUUAUUUAUAACAUGAUCGGCAUAGCUUUGAGGCGGAUGAACAAUACAAAGCUAGCAACUGAAAACUACUAUAAAGCUCUGACCAUUUCAAGAGAAAUGGGGAUUUUGUGUAAUCAGGCUGUGACUUUGGCCAAUUUGGGGAUUCUCUGUCUGAAGUCGUCUGCCAGGUAUCUUGGGGAGCAUUUCUUAAUUCAAGCAGUAAUGCUGUUCUCUCAACUGCCAAGUGCUGAGUGUGGCAGAAAUUUUAUAGAUGUCCUCCUAAGGCUGGGAUGCUACUAUUCCAAUGGAAUUUGCAAAAAUGAAGGAAGAUGUUUCUAUGAGUGGGCGUUUUUGGUGGCAAUGAAAACAAACUCUUUGGAAGGGCAGCUCAUGGCUGUUCAGCACCUCUGCCAGUUCUACGGCAGAAUUCUUCCGGAUGAAGCUCAGUGCGUCAUUUACAAUGAAUAUCAACUCUACCUGGUGAGAAAAAUGUCUGACAAAGUCAUGGAGGGAAAAGUAUUGGAAACCAUCAGUCAGCUAUAUCUAUCUUUAGGCACAGAAAGAGCAUAUAGAUCUGCCCUCGAAUAUACCAAAAGAAGCCUUGGCAUCUUUAUUGAUCUUCAGGCAAAAGAGAGGGAGGCUCAGGCUUGGCUCCAAGCAGGAAAGAUAUAUUAUAUAUUGAGGCAGAAUGAGCUAGUAGAUCUUUAUAUCCAGGCUGCCCAAAAUGCCGCUAUAUGUAUUCAGGAUCCUAAUUUAGAAAUGAAAUUAUUUGAAGCUUCAGGAGACAUUUUCUUUAAUGGAGACUGGGAAAGAGAAAAAGCAAUAGCUUUCUACAAGGACAAGGCUUUGCCACUUGCGAUUAAGACAAACAAUAGCAAUGCUGAACUUCGGCUGGUCAACAAAUUGGUGGAAUUGCUUUUAAACCUACAGGCGUAUGAGGAGUGUCUGGAAUAUGCACGGGCAUCAUUAAUGCUCAGUGUCCAUUUAGGAAAUCAUUUAAGUGAAAGACUGGCAUAUCACCGGCUGGCCGUUAUCUAUCGUCAUCUAGGGCAGUGCGAACUUACAGAACACUUCUUCUUAAAAGCCUUGUCACUGUGCCCUUCGCCUCUUCAGUUUGAUGAGGAAGCCAUGUACUAUGUAAAAGUGUACCUUGCUCUUGGAGAUAUUACAUUCAGUGACUUAAAGGACCCCUUUGAUGCUGCUGGAUACUAUAAUUUAGCCCUUGCAGCUGCCAUGGACUUAGGCAACAAGAAAGCUCAGCUGAAAAUCUACACCAGGCUUGCCAUAAUUUUCCACAACUUCCUUGUGGACCGGGAGAUGUCUCUCUUCUUCUAUCAGAAGGCAAGAGCCUUUGCAACAGAGCUUAAUAUCCGUAGAAUAAAUCUGUCCCCUAAUCAAUAUAUGCAAGGAACAUGGGCCUCUGCAAAAAAGGUCAUGUAAGGAUUACACCAGGGCAUCUGAUGCUAGGGAGAGUUGCUUCUGAUAAACUACAAGAAGUCCUUUUGUAUUACAAGAAGAAGUGUCCUGUUUUCUACUCCAGCUUUAUAUGAAUCAUGAUUUUGUUGACAGCUUUAAACAGGAAGCCAGUCUUCAUUUUACAAACAAACUAUGGAAUUAAUUGUUUCACUGUUGAAAAAAGAGAAAAUUAGAAAGAUAAUUAAAGGCAGGAAUUUACUUAAUAAAUGUCCUGACAAAGAAAAGCUGAAAGUGUUAUCACACUGUGUUUAUAAUCAAAUAUUAAUGGUCUGGGUCUUGGCUACUGUGUGGUUUCCGGCUGAGUUCUAGCAGCAUUUUCUCCUGACGUUUCACCUACAUUGGUGGAUGAAUUUUCAGAGGAUCUGAUGGUGGUCAAGCAAGUGGAAUAUUUAUAUCUGUGGAAUGUCCAGGAUGAGAGAAAAGAACCAUUGUCUGUUGAAAAAGUGUAAAAGGUACAAUUAGCAAGCUAGAUUUGUACGCAUUGAGUGGGAUCCACCCAUCAACACAGGUCUGAGUCUGUAGUUUACAGAUGAGCAAUAUGUGCUAGCUGUGAUCUGAACCUGCGGGGGUUGAACAAACAUUCACCAUCACAUACAGAAUACCCUAUUUUUGGUGUGCAAGGUUUUUU